AUGACUCUAUUCGCUAAGGACGGCCAAUGGCCAAUAGUUGAGGCGGAGAUAGUCGGAAUAGCAAAUUGGAAAUAUGCGGUUCAGAUUUUACCGUUGCCGGCUGACGCCGCGAAGAAAGAAAUCAAAAUCGCGGAAGGAAGAAAUUCAGAAAAUCAGGAAAUGUUGUCAAAUUCAAUGGCUCCCUCAAAUUCAAGACAAUUCAACAAGCGAAAAUUAACGUUGAAGAAGAAAGCUCAGCAGCUGCAGACACUGAGCGAUGUCACGGUGUGCAUGGUGUGCUUCGACGCCGACGGCAAGGUCACCACGUGGCCGGAGGAAAAAUCUCAGGUUCAUGAAAAGAUCAUCAACUACAAAUUAGCUCAAGCCGGUGAGGGAUCAAAAGAGAAGCUCAAGAGUAACCUAAACCUUUUAGGUUUCUUGGACAGCAAGAAACGAAAAAUCCAGAAAUCAAAGAAGAAGGAUAUUGGGAAUUUGUUUGCAACGUGGGAAGCGAACUUGAACAAAUUGCAGGAAAAGGAGCUGGUGGCUCUGUGUAAUUGCUUGGAGUUGAAGUUGUGGGGCGUAAGAGAGAAGAUUAAGGUGCUGACGAAAAUGAAGGAAAAGGGCAAAGCAAUUCAAGUUUACAAUAACAAUGGAGAUAAGCAAAAGCUUAAUUUGGAGAGUGUUUUUCCAUCGCCAUGUGGAUUUUACAGUCACAGUGAAGGUUGGUGGAGGUGUAACAGUGAGAAUUUUGUUCCUUGGGGAGGAUAUUGUAAUGAAAAUAUUGGUUUUGUGGGAGAGAGUAGUAAUUGUGAUAAGAUUUUGAAUCCUGUUGAUUCCAUGGUUUAUCAAACACCAUUGCAUGAAGCUCUGCCGAUGUCCAUUAGGCAAUCUCCAUGGCCGUUCUGA